UGUCUUCUUGAUUAAACCUAACAUCAGUCGAAAAACUUUGAUUUUGUAGAGAGGGAGGGUGGAAGGGUGCUGGGUAUGCAAUAUUUCAUAGGUGGUUGAGGAAGAACUUUCCAAAGGUUCUUCUAUAUAUCAUUCAAAGAUGGGCGAAUAAAGACUACCAUUGUCUAAAUUAUUACUUAGUGUAGUAUAUAUGCAGCAGCAGCCUCUAAAGGGGUGUGUGUUUUUUUUAAAAAAGAUGUCAUGCUGAAAUUGACAAUCAAACUUACAUGGCCUAGCAACUUAAUACUAGACCACACAGACAGAAAAAACAAAAGCAGCAGGCCACUUAUCCAGACAUAAGUUUCAUGGAAAGAACAAGGAAGCAGUGAGUGGGAAAAAAUGGUGGAUCAGCUCAGCUAGGGACACUUCACAGCUGGAGAAUCCUGGGUAUAAACCAAAAAUCAUUCUGUUCCUUCUUUUGCAGUUUGCAGGAGCAAACAUAACCUCUGAAGCCUUUGUCUGCCCCUUGCCUCCCCCCAUGUAGGGAUCAAAACAGAAUCCCUAGAACCUUCCCACUGAGCCCUACCAAAUUUUCUCAUAUUUUGAAGUAUCUUGAUGGGGUGCCAGUCUCUCAGCUCAGUUCAAUGAGCUGAUGCUGAGCCUCGAAGUCAUACAUAUCUGUCAAGCUGCCUACCUAUGAAAGCAUCUCCUCUUAUACGCCAUCUUCUCUUAGAUUUCCUGGAGAAAUGAUGCUCCAGAUGCUGUCACCUACAAGGGGCAGGGCUUCAUCUUUUAUGGCACUCCAGUUGUGAAGCUCCCUUCACAAGGAUGCUUGCUUGAGCCUAUCCCGGGUUUCCUUCUGAAAGCAUGUGACCAUUUUCCUCUUUCACAAGGCACUUGGUAGUCUGAUUUUUUAAAAAUGCUUUUUUAUACACUCCUCAGGCAUUGGUAGUUUCUUGACAGGUUAAUCUUAGCUCUCAUUACUUCUCUAUUUUACAAUAAUAUAAAACACGGGAACUCUCAUUACUUCUCUAUUUUACGAUAAUAUAAAACGCGGGAAUAUAAUAACUGGGUGGGAGGAUGGUCAUGAACGAAGCCUUCACCAACCGGAUGCUACAGCUGAACCCAAUUAAUCUCGCCUCCCUGUCUCACCCACCCCCCAUCUCCGUUGUUAUAUGUUAAUUUUAUAGGUGUGAAAGAAAUUGCUGUCCCAGGAAGGUGACGGCGAUGAGCACCUCCGAAAGGCAGGGAAACAGCCGCCCAAGCACAUCGCUUUUUCUCAUGGUCCCCUGGCGUGAGUAACAGCUUGAGGACGCAGCCACUCAACCAGGACCUUGUCAGCCGCCGCCGCCGCUAAUUGUUCCAGGCAGCCGCAGGGAGAGCGAGUGCAGGAAUGUUUCGUGUUUCUGUCAGCGGUGGGAGCAGCUUCCCUCCACAGCACCAGCUCCUCACGUGGGAGGACAGGCGAGGCGCGCCGUUUUUGCGGGGAUGAACCAUUUGGGAAGGAGGAGGGACCCCCCCCCCCCCGCGCGUGCUGGAAGCCAUCCUAACGGGUUGGAGACACUCAGGUGACUACAAAUCCCAGACACCUCAGCUCUGGGUGGCUUCCUCACUCCACCCCGCUGCGCCCUCCGCUAGCUGGGCGAGCGCCAGAGAGCCUCCUUCUGCAGGCGAGGAGGCAGCAGCAGGUGGCCGCGCGCGCGUCUUUGGGGACUCUUGCGCCCCUCACCUGGCUCAGCCGGGCAGCCGUGCUGAGCAUUUUGCAGGAGCGCGGCGGGCAGGUGCGCAACUGGAAGGUGCCCAGCGCUUGCAGUCGCUGCUGGACCCGUCCGAGUGGGAUCCCGAAGAACGAGCCGCCCUCCGCGACACUUUCAAGGACUUCGUCGACGGCAGGAGGGGGCCAAGUUCGUGGCUCUCAGAAAGAAGCUCUUGCGCGUCCGGACCGAUUGUUGCUGGACGCCAUGCCCGCCGAGGGGCGCUCUGGCGACGGCCAGGAAGAGGAAAGAGCGGGCACUGGGUCUCCGAGCUGCUCGGUCACUUCAGAGGCUCCUCGUCUUUCCCCUGAACAGGUAGUCCCUGAGGAGAAACGGGGACUACCCGUGUCGGAGUUGAAGAGCCUCUUUCAAAAGGGGGAUCUGGAGGGGCCCAAAGUUCCCAGCAGCAAUGACCUGUGGGCCCCCAGAGGCUCCCCCCAGAAACCCUGCAUGUUGCCAGUGCGCUGUGCACUGCCUGCGGUGGCUGCCAAAAAGACUGACGUGCCGCCCUCCGAGCAAGAAGCGUCUGAAACCAAGGAUUGGCUUCAGGUGACACCCUCUGCCAGCCUCUCACCUCGGUCGCCUUACUCAAAGCGACGGCCACUCGAUGAGUUGGGUUCCACCUCCCCUUAUUUGAGAAGGGUGCAGAAGUCGCCCAAGGUGGGCGAGGAAGCCAGCUGCGAGACUACUGUUCCAUUGGACGCUGCUGAACAUGAGUGGUUGGUGAAAGCUACAGAUGGUCAGUGGUCCCAGCAGCUUCAUGGCCUCUUGCUGAGCGACAAGAAUCUGGCAGGGAAAAGAGAUUUUAUGUCUGGGUUCACAGCUCUGCACUGGGCUGCUAAAAGUGGGAAUUGUGACAUGGUGAAUAAAGUCAUAGAAGUGGCAGAUAAAAGUGAUGUUCAUGUCAAUGUUAAUACGAAGUCCUAUGGAGGUUAUACCCCACUCCACAUUGCUGCAAUACAUGGGCAAGAGGAAAUCAUUGCCCUCUUGGUCAAGGAUUACAACGCCAAGGUGAACUUGAGAGACUACAGUGGGAAGAAACCAUACCAGUACCUAAAAGAAGGCUCUUCUUUUGCAGUUAGGCAUCUGCUGCAUGACCCCAAUCUGCACACUAUCACUGGCCACAGUGCCUCUAUCAAGAAGAAUGCAAAGAUUGCUGCUUCAAUUUUGAGUUCCACCAGCACCUUCUUUGGCGUGUUGUCUGAUGACACUGCUUUCUAUGAGCUGACCAAAGGCUUAAAGAAACCUGCUUCACUUAAUAAGUUUCUUAAUGCGGCUGCAGCUCCAAGGAGGAAGCUGAAGUCCAGAGGAACUUUCUCGUCACGUUCUUCCUUAUCUGAAUCAUUGGAGGAGGAACAGGAGGAAGCCACCACAAAACGUAGACCUUUGUCAGAAUUUUUGGCCACUAGUGUCCACCUCACUGGAAUCAAGUAAUAGGAAUGUCAGAGAGGACACACUGAUUAUUCUUUCAUAGAAGCACUUUGUUUUGUAUUUUGGAUGUGUUCCUCUUUAGCAGGUCCAAUCAAAAGGCUGGACAUAAGAUUCUCUGUAGGAUUGGUCUGAACAUUUUAAUUGAUAAGAUCUUUACCUCACACUAAGAUAGUCCUUUACAGUGAGAAUAACACUGAAUGCACGGGGGGGGGGGGGGGGGCCUUAAUAAAUUGAACAGGAAACUUCAUCUGAUUUUCUAAUGGCUGAAAUUUAAUAUAGAAUCUUGAAAAAUGUUUGGCUUUAGCUCUGACAACUAAUUUGUAUGCUAUGUUUGCUAAUUUGUAUGCUAUAUUAGGAUUAAUUUGGAAAGAGUCUGUGAAGGAUCAGCAUGAAAGUGCAUCUUUGAAGGAUGCUAGGCAAUGCAUCUCAAAAACAAAAAAUACACUUUGGUUUAGUCUAUUGAUGCAAACCUUUCAAAAUCAAACUGGAUGAUUUGAUAAAUCAAAUUUAUCUUUUAAAUAUUCUGAUUUGGAAAUUAAAUAUCUUCUGGGGAUGUUAAAAUUUCCUGGUCAGCGCUGAGAACAGACAAAUGUGCUAAUUACGAAGACUUUCUUUACUGUGUAUUUUCAUUAGUGCAGUGUAAGUUUCAGAUGGGUCUUAUGACAGCCACUUUAAUCUCCAGUGAAUCUUGUGGUUGAAAAAAAAAGGAAAUUUACAAGAUCUUAAUUCUUCAAUUAAAGUGGCUACCAAAAACUGAAAAUGGCUUUUUUAUAUUACAAUGGGAAAAGGAAGAUUGUUUCUUGUGGCUGUUUGGAGAGGAGCAUAUUUUACUAUACAUGCUAAAAAUAUUUAAAGAAAAAUUUAAUUAUAACAUACCAUUUGCCAGCAGGCUAAUGACUUUUUAGAAGUAUUUGACUGUGUGUAAAACACAGAACAUGCAGAAAAUAAGAAAACUAAUCAACUUAAAAGAAAUCCCCAACAUGUCUACCUCACUGAUAUAUAUUUAGUUAUGUCUUGUUUUAUUCAGAAAAAACCUAAAUAUGCUAACUGCAAUUAAUUAACAUUGUAUAAUUCAGACUGAAGUGACAAAAUGUAAUAUAGCUGUCUUGAAUCUGUUAAAAUGGCAUUUUAGAGUGAAGGUGUUAAAAAAGUAUUUAGGUUACAUAUUUUAAUAUGAGUACAUUCCUAGAAAUAUAACAAUUUUGGCAGUUUUUUUGUUUUUUUGCCAUCUAAAAUUGUGAUGUGUUUUAAUCUCUUUAUGGUAAUUAAUUUUGAAAUGAUGAAUGGAUGUGCUGGAUCCAUUGAUUGUUUAAGAUCAAGAAGAUAGCAUGUACUUCAGUUAUAUAAGUACUGAUUUAAAAUGCAUUUUUGUGCUCUGUGGCCCAUUUAUAAAAGACACUGUGGCUUGUUUUCAAAAUUAAUUAAUUGUCAGCAUGAUGUCAAUCUGUAUAAUAUUUUGAUUAAUAUUCUUGGAAAUAUUGGUAAGUAUUCCAUUUUAUCAACGAAUGGUCCGUUUGUUAUUAAUUGAUUUUAAUAUAAUUUAUUGUUCAGUGGAUUUCAGUGGAGACAGGCAGUCCAAGGUGGGGUAGUUUUGCCAUGGUGGGGCAUGGUGCAGCCCCAAUGCCUCCACAGAGGUUCCUGGCAGUAUGCACCGGAAGAAAACGGGGAAAAUGCAGACCCCCCCUAUGCAGCACAAUGGGCUGUGCCUCGAUUUAGCAGGCAUAAGUAGCCAGAAGCAAAAGGGGGCAUUUUGGGGCUGAAAGUCAGCUCUACCCCCAGGAACAUAGCAGAAUCAUCCCCAUUGGAACCAGCAUGGCUCCCUGUGGAGGAGGAGUGCCAGCACAGUGGCAGUGUUCACACUUGGGUGCUGCAAAGCCAUGCAGCACCCCAGCACUAGCAUUAGUACUCUUCUCACCAGCGUAGGUGCCAUUUAUGCUACCUGGACUGGCAGUGACCCCAGCAGUGGAGUCACACUUGCUCCACAGUCCUCUUGCACUCUCUCUCUCUCUCUCUCUCUCUCACUCACACACACGCGUGCGUGUGUGUGUGUGUGUGGAUUGCACUGCUAGAAACUGAGCAUAUGUGUUUUUAAUUGGAAGCUCCUCUCACUGAGUUCAAUAGAACUUAUUCCUGGGUAAUCGUACAUAGUACUGAAGACCAAAAAUGUUUUAUGUUUUUUACAACCACCUUUGAGCUUUCCUUGUAUGGAUUGUGCCAGGUGUAAAUACUGUUAAUUACUCACAGGACUGCCAAUUGCCUGGAGAGAAAAAAUGUCUCUUUAAUAGAAAUUUAAUUUGUAGCUGCAGCUCUUUAUAGCAUACUCAAGACAUCACCUGGCAAGCAACAUCCCAUUACGUUUCUGUUAAAGGGAAAAUACAUCUUUUUUUCCUCCAGGCAUUUAACAACCUUAUUAACCGGGAUCUGAACAUAGAAGAGAGAUUAAAUGCACAUGGUAACCACUGAAGGUUUUACAUUUAAUUGGCUGUUGUUGUUUUACAUUUAUAUGGGAGACUUGUUUUGUUUUGUUUUAACAUGAAGCCAAUCUAAACCUUCAGAGACUGGACCAACACUUGUCAGGGAUGCUUUGGUUGAUCCUGCAUUGGACUAUAUCCUGUCUCACCAAAAAAUAGUAGCUCAAUUGUGACCAAAUAUCCCUCUCCUGUGGAAUGCUCCACUGUGGGUAUGGCUCUUCAGGAGCAGACCUACAAGUGGAGCAUUUCACAGAAAGAAGAGGGGAUAGCCUGCAUGGCUCCCUCCAACUCUAUGAUUCUGGAAUACACCAUCUAGGUGACAUUUUGAUACGGUAUGAGUGAAGAUGUAGUCAUCCAUUAGAGUUGUCAUUUUUUACCUUUUAAAGUUUCAGUACUUUUAUCAUUUGCUCAACAAACAGAAAUUUAUUGUUGCCAUGUUCAGCUGAGGUAAUAUUCACCUGUUGAAUUGUAGUUAUUGUAGAUUCUCAUCUAACGUUGUAGGAGCCAUAGAAGAGGAAAAAAGACACAAUAACCUUUUCUAGAAACACAUCAGUAAGACGUGCGCUCCUACAAGAUGAUGAGCAUACACACAAGUGUUACUCAACAAAGUGAAAAUACAUACAGGAGUUUUCUUUGCAAGAUUGUUUUCUUAGUAAUACUUGGGACUAUAGUUGUUCAUAAAGCCAAAUGCCAGUUAUUUUGUUCUGCUGUUAAGUAUUUGAAACUGCUUCAUCCUUGCAUUAUUUACGCAAGCAACAGCAACACACAGGUGGAGUAUGCUUUUGUGUUCCUAAACAUUCCAUGUUAAAUUUAUGAGUUUCAAGACUGGAAAUAUUGUGAUUAAAUCUAUGCAGGAUCCAUUUCACAGAGAAUAGAAGUAGUACAGCAUAGGACUAGAAUCUCAUAAAACAACUUUGCAUGGAAUGUUGUUUCCUUACACUGCAUUUGCAGGCCACAAUUGUCUUUUAAUUUUAAAAAAUCCAUUUUGCUGCAACAUAAAUGAACAAGCCAGUUGUAUGUAACUUUAACAACUUGCUUGUUAAAUCUUCAUUAGGCAUUUUUAUUUCAACAGUGAUAUGUUUCUAGAACACUCUGAAAUUCUUUUCAAGGUCAGUGAUUUUUGGAAUGUUUUGAUACCUGUUUUGCAAUAAUAAAUAUGGUAUUUCUUA